AUGUCCCACCCGAUACCUCAGCUCAACGGUUUCUCCGCCCGCCUCGAUGGCGCUGUGGCCAUCUUGGCCUACGACCGGCCAAAGACCGGAAACUCAUUGCACCCUACCGUGCUUACGUCCUAUCUCAACGCGAUGAAAUGGGCCGUAGCGAAUCCUGCCGUUCGAGUUAUCGUCCAAACGGGAACUGGUAAAUUCUUCACAACAGGGAGGGACAUGGGAAACGACAAUGCUCAGUAUGACCUCCAGGAGGUCUUGGCCAAUUUCAAAGAGCUGAACGAGAUCCUCAUUACAUGCCCCAAAGUCCUCAUUGCAGCCGUCAACGGCCCAGCUGUCGGCUACGGAACGACUUCCCUCGCGCUUUACGACCUCGUCUACUCCGUCCCGGAUGCGUACUUCUUCACACCGUUCAGUAAGUGGGCGCUUUGCCCCGAAGGGUGCUCCAGUGUCACCUUCUCCUCUAUCAUGGGACACCAGAAAGCAUCGGCUCUAUUAAUCGCUGGCGACCGUAUGUCUGCGACAGAAUUAUGGACAGCCGGUCUCAUCACCAAGAUCAUUCCGGCUCCUUCAUUCAUGGAGCAGGUAUUGGAGAUUGCCAAGAGAAUCGCUAGCUAUCCCCCCAUCGCCUUGGCGGCGUCCAAGAAGCUCGCCAGCGGUAAUCGUGAAGCAGAGCUUUUGGCGGCUAAUGCCAGAGAGUACGAUUGCCUGGUAGAGAGGUUGGCACAUAAGGAAUGUAGCGAUGCGCUACUUCUUUUCGCGGAGGAACAGCAGCGGAAGAAGGCGAACGCCGGCCGCGGUGCGUCACGAAUGUAA